UCUUUGCUCCCGACCAUUUUUUGUCUUUUCACUUACUACUUGGCUGUGGGUUUUCCUUCCUAUUUUCUUCUUUCAACACUAUCGGAAGGUCGCCUUUCCGUUUCGAUGAACGAAUGAAAGUAAAACACAUCCCCUUCUUCUUCUCCGAUCUCAAUCCCUGCAUUAUUGGUAGCAUCAUUCUUUCCCGCUCCGCAAAGAUCUUUUGAGGGAUAUAUAAGCUUAUUUGUUAGUUAUUAUUCGUCGAAACAACUGUUUACAAGAUCCGUUGAGUCCAAGAUGUCGGCUUCGUUGCCAUUUUCUGGUCCGUCUCAUUCGUUUCCAAAGCAGACUUCUUUACAACGCCAAUGGGCAUCGCCAACUCUGCUUAGUUUCGCUGCCUUUAGGCCUUGUAAUUCUUUAUGUAUCAGCCUGAGACGUUGUCGCGAAAGCGGAGUCUUUAGAGUUAGUUGUCAAGGGGGAAAUGUGGAUGUUAUCCAAAGGAAUGAGUUUGAAGCUGUAAGUCUCGGAGAAGCGGAGAAUCAAUUGACUUGCGUAAUGAAGUUCGGUGGUUCCUCAGUGGCUUCCGCUAAGCGAAUGAGAGAGGUUGCUGAACUUAUACUCAGUUUCCCCAGUGAACGACCAGUCAUUGUCCUCUCUGCAAUGGGGAAGACUACCAAUAAACUUUUGCUAGCUGGGGAAAAGGCUGUUAGCUGUGGUGACACCAACGUAGAUGCUUUAGAAGAGUUGAACUUUAUAAGAGAGCUACACCGUAGGACGGCUGAUGAGCUUGGAGUGGAAAGGUCGAUUGUUGAUGGUCACCUAGAAGUAUUGGAGCAGCUCUUAAAGGGAAUUUCUAUGAUGAAGGAGUUAACAUUACGAACAAAAGACUAUUUGGUUUCUUUUGGGGAGUGCAUGUCUACAAGGAUAUUUGCAGCAUAUUUGAAUACAAUUGGCGUUAAGGCCCGUCAAUACGAUGCCUUUGAAAUCGGUUUCAUUACCACUGAUGACUUCACAAAUGCGGAUAUUUUGGAAGCAACUUACCCAGCUGUUGCAAAAAGAUUAAAUGAGGAUUGGAUCUGUGAUCCUGCAAUCCCAAUUGUCACUGGUUUCCUUGGAAAGGGAUGGAGAUCUGGUGCAAUUACUACUUUAGGUAGGGGUGGUAGUGAUUUGACAGCCACAACCAUUGGAAAAUCAUUAGGGUUGGAAGAAAUUCAGGUAUGGAAAGAUGUUGAUGGUGUUUUAACCUGUGACCCAAACAUACAUCCACGCGCAGAACCUGUCCCAUAUCUGACAUUUGAUGAGGCAGCUGAACUUGCAUACUUUGGUGCUCAGGUUCUGCAUCCACAAUCUAUGAGACCAGCUAGAGAGGGUGAUAUUCCUGUUAGGGUUAAAAAUUCUUACAAUCCGAAUGCUCCUGGAACUCUCAUCACUAGGAAUAGAGAUAUGAGUAAGGCAGUACUCACCAGCAUAGUUUUGAAAAGGAAUGUUACCAUGCUGGAUAUUGUCAGCACACGCAUGCUUGGUCAAUUUGGGUUUCUUGCAAAGGUAUUUUCAAUAUUCGAAGAUUUAGGUAUCUCAGUGGAUGUUGUAGCUACUAGUGAAGUCAGUAUUUCUUUGACUUUGGAUCCAUCAAAACUGUGGAGCAGAGAGUUAAUUCAGCAGGCAAGCGAACUUGACCAUGUUGUUGAAGAACUUGAAAAAAUUGCAGUCGUAAAUCUUCUUCAGCGCAGAUCUAUCAUUUCUCUCAUUGGCAAUGUCCAGAAAUCCUCACUUAUACUUGAGAAGGCAUUCCGCGUGUUAAGGACCAGUGGAGUGAAUGUUCAAAUGAUCUCUCAGGGUGCAUCUAAGGUUAACAUAUCAUUGAUAGUAAACGACAAUGAAGCAGAGCAGUGUGUGAGGGCUCUUCAUUCAACAUUCUUUGAAAGUGAUCUCCCUGAUUUAGAUCAAUUUGAUUCUGCAAGUUGAUGAUGAGAAUUUAAUUUUUUUUUCAUGUACGAUUUUGAUGAUGUUGCCCUUUUGAAAUCA